AUGUUUAAUCACGCUGUAGCUGUUCUUAAGGGAGAAGUUGUCACUGGAGUUGUCCAUUUUACCCAAAAUAAAGAAGGUGAACCAACAAAAGUUGAGGGAGAAAUUAAGGGUCUUACACAAGGUUUACACGGUUUUCAUAUCCAUCAAUAUGGUGAUUCAACUAACGGAUGUAUUUCUGCUGGACCACACUUUAAUCCUUUCAAUAAAACUCAUGGAGGACCUGGUGAUGAAAUUCGUCAUGUUGGUGAUUUAGGUAACGUUGAAGCAGAUGCUAAUGGUGUUGCUAAGAUUAAUUUUACUGAUAAACUUAUUUCUCUACAUGGUGAACACUCUAUUAUCGGACGUUCUCUUGUUGUUCAUGCUGGAGUAGAUGAUCUUGGAAAAGGAGAAGGAGAUAAAAAGGAAGAAUCUCUUAAAACUGGAAAUGCUGGAGCUCGAUCAGCUUGUGGCGUUAUUGGACUUGCAGCUAAUGUUUAA